AUGACAAUUGCUCCUCCCUUGUCCGCAGGACGAAUGGAUACCAUAAAUAGUCAGGUGGAUGAGGCAGUUUCUCCUAAUCUGACCACAACUCAUGUAACCGAAUUCAUCAUUUUUGGCUUCCCGAGUCUUCAGAAGUAUCAGAUUCUGCUCUUCUUUGUGUUUCUCUUUAUAUACCUGUUCACCAUCACUGGAAAUGGAAGCAUCUUCUGUUUGGUCAUUCUUGACCGACGGCUCCAUACCCCAAUGUAUUUCUUUGUCAGUAAUUUAUCUUUCCUUGAUCUGAGUUACGUAACAGUGACCAUUCCGAAGAUGUUGGGCAAGUUUUCGAUGAACCUCGACACCAUUUCUUUUACAGCCUGCUUUGUUCAAAUGUAUAUAUUUUUGUCUUUAGGAUCAACAGAAUGUUUACUUCUGACGGUAAUGGCUUAUGACCGAUAUGUGGCUAUAUGUGCUCCUCUACAUUAUCCGAACAUUAUGACUAAGAGAUGGUAUCUACUGUUGAUGGCUAUGACGUGGUUCGGUGGCUUCCUCAUUCCACUAGCAAGUUUAAUCUUAGCCUUGAAGUUACCAUUUUGUGGCUCUAAUAUCCUCUAUCAUUAUUACUGUGACCAUCCACCAUUAUUGCAGUUGGCCAGUGCUGAUACCUCCUUCAAUGUAUUAGUUGGCUCCUCCAUAGCGGCUAUGCUAAUUAUAAUAUCAUUUACCUUAGUGGUCGUUUCUUACAUUAAAAUCAUAGUAAGCAUCCUCAAAAUGAAUUCCAAUGAAGGACGCAAGAAGACGUUUUCCACGUGUGCCUCGCACUUUGCUGUGGUCAGUAUCUUCUUCUUGCCACUUAUCUUCAUGUAUGUCCGGCCAAAAGCUUCCUACUCCUCAGAUGUGGACUCUCUGGUGGCCAUGCUAUACACAGUAUUGACACCUAUGAUGAAUCCGAUUAUAUACAGCCUCAGGAACAAGGACAUUAAAGAAGCUUUUAAGAAGAAAAUCCACUUUAAAGCCAAUCACUAG